UUGCUAUUUCCUCGAAUGUUAGAAAACUUGAUAUUUGUAAACAAACGAUAAUAACCUGUUUUAAAAGGUUAUAGAUAGUUACAGUUAAUAGGUAAAUUUGGACAAAGAUUUUAUAGAAAAAUGAGAAGACGCGUAGGAGUCGGUGCAAUCCAGAAACAAAAACUGGUACAAGAAAAGUACCGUGAUAAAGGUACAGAAAUCGAGGAGAAUCAACUUGAGCAAAUGUCCAAGCAGUUGGAAGUUUUCAGGACAAAUUUGGAAGAAUUCGCAGCCAAACACAAAAAAGAGAUCAAAAAGAACUCUGAAUUCAGGCGUCACUUCCAAGAGAUGUGCGCGGCAAUUGGAGUGGAUCCGUUAGCAUCUGGUAAAGGAUUUUGGUCGGUGUUGGGGAUAGGUGAUUUUUACUACGAGCUGAGUGUGCAGAUCGUGGAAGUGUGCCUUGCCACGAACGACAAGAACGGCGGACUGAUAAGCCUGGACGAACUGAGGCAGCGGUUGGUUAAGGCUCGAGGUCAGAGCAAGCAGCAUCAGGAAAUAACGAUCGAUGACCUGCUGUGUGCGGCCAAGAAGUUGAGGAUCCUGGGUAACGGCUUCUCGGUGUUCCCCGUGGGCAAGGGCCAGUACCUGGUGCAGUCUGUCCCCGGGGAGCUGAGCAUGGACCACACGGCCGUGCUGCACCAGGCGUCCAGCAGCGGCAAGGGGAACGUGAGUGUGUCGACGCUGCAGCAGACACUGGGUUGGGAGCGGGAGCGCACUCAGAAAGCACUCGACUACAUGCUGAAGGAAGGCCUGGCCUGGCUCGACACUCAGGACCCCACGGAACAACUGUUUUGGUUCCCAAGCUUGUUUUCCGACUGCAUUAACGCAUCAUGAACUUCUUGUAUGCUGUAUGAUAAUAUUCAACUACUGCUUAUUUGCGAGAAUUACAAUUGUGGUUAGGUAUGAAUAAGUUAUUGAUUGAAUACGUGUGUUGAAUAUGAAUAACAAUCAAUCAAUAUAUUGAUUGGCUAUGAAUAAGUAUUAUUUCUUAAUUUCUAAACUUACAGGCUAAGUCACCAUUCACUAGUGUCAGUGUAGAACUUGCAGCAACUAGAAAUUAUGUUUGCUUCUUUAAUCAACCUUUUUGAGCCAUGCUGGUUUUUUUUUUCUUAGUUUUAUAUUAUUCUACCAAAUGGUACAGUUGUUACAUAGGCCUAGUUAAGUCUAUCAUAUCCGUUAUAUAUUUUUUGUGUGUUCAAGUUUUUACAAUGAUACUGGACAAAGUAUGCCAUAGAAAAACACGCUUUGCUUUUAACUCAGAGAAGCCUUUUCGCAUUGCCUAGUAUAUGGCAACUCAUCCAUUCCUGUUUCAAAAAAAAAAAAAAUGAAACGGUGGCAAAUGUGAAAAAGAUUACAAUCAGCCAAUUCUUAUUAUUUUUAACGAGACUGGUUUUUGAAUAGUAAGAACAUGUCUUUUACAGAGGCAUGUUAACCAAGGGAUACUUUAAUUUCAAGGCUACACUCGGUGAAACUACUUUGAAUUAUUUUGAUUCUAACACAAAUUGGUGUGUCAAGAAAGGAAUACUUUUCCAGCAUUUAAAAAAAAAUUUGCAAUAUUUUUUGGAAAAAUUUAUAAUUUUUGCAUGUUCGUGUUAAUUUUUUAACAGGAGUAGUUGACAUAAGAGGGCGUAGACGUUAACAGACCGUCAUUACGUUGCGACCAAAAGCUGAUGCCGCAAACCCUCCCAAGGUCGCAAGGAUGUGUGGAAGGAAGCAAGCGACUCGUACUUCCACGAAAGGCCGUCAGUGAUUCUGUUGAGGGCCCUUGAAACUAUUCAGACUAGGCAGGCCACUUCACGAUAACUCUCAAGGGUCGUAGCAAUAACGUCGGAUCAUGGACAUGAAACGAAUUCCACUCUUUCGUUGUCCUGUUUGUCAUCAUCUGGGGUCUUCAGCAUGGUGGACUGAGUUGUACCCCCCGCCCUCCUAACCCUUAUCCCCACUCCUAUUCCCUUUCCUUCCUUCGGAGCUAUUUUUUGUAUGCGGAGGUGUUCCCCUGCUUGUGUACGUAAUCUUGAGUUAUGCUUGAUGCAGCCGAGUCAGUACGUCGUCAGGCAGUGCCGUUCGGCUGGUCAUGGUUGCGAGAGUGGACCAGGUUUUACUAAUCAAGUGGCCAUGCAGGUUUAUCUCCUUUGGUCAAAUCCCUUUUGACCGCCGCGUUCUAAAUUUUGUUUCGCUUUGUCGCAUUUCUGCUCUCUGGUGAUUGUUUCUUUGAUCUGGUUUGUAAGCAGCCACGCCCAUGAUCUGCACCUGUUACGGUACGUGUCGUUACAUACAGUUAGACUAAUUUUUCUUACGUAACGUAUUUUGUAAUGAAACGUGAAUAAUGAAUCUUAAGUGAGGGUUCUAGUUAUUAUGUUAGUCUUUCCGUUGUGCAAACGUAACGUAUCUGAUUUGAUGGUUCAUCUGUAGAACAUUUAAAUCUCCCUGAUUCGUUAUGAGCAUAUUUAUUAAUGUGGUAGAUAUUCCAGCUUGUAUUUUUUUCUUUAAUACACAUGUACAACUUGCAAUUGCCUUUAGCUACUAAUUACUUGUGAUAUUUGUUUGAGGACUUAUUUGUUAUCAGGUAUUUUACUAGACCCUCUUCACUUAUUAAUUUUUUUUAGUUCAUACGUUUUGUAAUUACUAUUGGAUUGUGUUAAAUGUGUGUAUGUAUAUAUUUGUGAAAUUAAUUCCCAAGUUAACUGCCUUAAUGCAUAAGUUGAAUAAACACAUUAUUGUCAGCUUUUUUCUUUAAUAUGAAACAAAUAACUACAGGUUUCCUGCUACGGGUAUCCCUACAAGAAGGGUUUUUUGAUCAUUUUAUAUAUUAUAUACAUAUAUAUAUGUUUUUAUAUCGACGUUGUGGGUUGAGAUAUUGUCACUGUACACUUCAGACAAAAUACAGGGAGUUUUAACUUCUGAA